CCGGAGCGGGGCUGGAGCCGCGGUGCGGUGUUGGACCCGCGGUGAGGUGUUGCGCUCGCUCCGUGUGGGACUCGCUCUCUCUCUCGCUCGCUUAUUGUGCGGAGCGUGGAGCGCUGCCGGCGUGUCCCAUGUCGGCUCCGUUCGAGGAGCGCAGCGGGGUGGUGCCCUGCGGGACACCCUGGGGCCGCUGGUACCAGACGCUGGAGGAGGUGUUCAUCGAGGUGCGCGUCCCGCCGGGUACCCGUGCCAAGGACGUGCGCUGCAGCCUGCGGAGCCGCCACAUCUCCCUGGCCGUGUGCGGGAAGGAGCUGCUGCAGGGUAAACUUUUUGACUCUACAGUAACUGAUGAAGGAACGUGGACCUUAGAAGACAGGCAGAUGAUACGAAUUGUUCUAAUGAAGACAAAUAGAGAUGCUGGAAAUUGCUGGACAUCUCUGUUAGAAAAUGAAUAUGCUGCUGAUCCUUGGGUACAGGACCAGAUGCAAAGGAAACUUACACUGGAGCGCUUCCAGAGGGAAAACCCUGGGUUUGACUUCAGUGGGGCAGAAAUUUCUGGAAACUACAGCAAAGGAGGACCAGACUUUUCUAGUCUUGAAAACUGAACUUUUUAUAUGUGAUCCUUUAGACAAAUUACAUGUUACAGUUAAGGACUGGAAUCAUGUAACUGUUGAAGACUUCAGGGAUCUCUUCAAUGGAUUGUUGUCGAAAGUAGCAACUUCAGUGAAGAGAAGGAAGAUCUUUUCCAGCAGAAUGAAGACAAAAUGUUACCAGCUGAUUUAUAAGCGCUGAUACCAAGGCACAGACUAUAGAGAAAGGUGUACAUAAAAAAGUAAUGUCUUU